AUGAAUGGUGGCACCUUCACUUUUGUUUCUUUGCUUCGAACAUCAUUGUUAGCCUAUUCUGCUUCGCGUAAUCUACUACGACCUAGGCGAAACAUACCAUUUCGCGGUAUUUAUAGAACGGAAGGCGAUUUAGUGCGAAAGGACGAUCUUUUGGUGUGCCAACACAAGAUAAACUUCCAUCCUGGAUUGAAUGUAUACUUGAAAAGAGAUCAGUCCGGACAGCUACUACUUAAGGCGAUGUCAGAUGGUCAUGUGAUGAUUACACAGGAAAAGGUAAAUCCGGAUUUCUCUAUACCCGAGAUGUUUGCUAAUGAGGGCACGCAAGAUAUCCAAAAGCUGACUUUUAAUGUUAUUCCUCUUAAUGUGUCGCAGUCGUUUCGGCUAGUAAAUGAAAUUUAA